UCGCUUUGCUCCACGGAGCUGUCCGGUUGGGCGGUGAUUUUGUUUCCAAACCGCUAGAUAAACCCCUGGUCUGUCACGUCCUGCCUUGGGUCUUAAAACAUGCGCAUCCUUUUUUAUACUUCACACUUCUGAUGCUCUUUGACACUACGAAACUGAUAAUGUUUGUAUUUGUGUACUUAGUCCAAUUUGUUAUAUAUUAGAGCCCAUUUAGAGUAGAGUUUAUAAAAAGAAACAAAUAUUUAAGAUCAACUUUUGCAAACUCGUUUUUCUUGAGAGAGCAUCAUCUUGAGUCGGAAUAUCUUUGCGCUCUCGGGUGACACGCCCACUCCGUGCCGGGCAUGCGCAGUGAGUCAGGAGUAGCGGCGAGUGAAGGAACCAUGGCGUCCUCGGCUGCCCGGUGCUCCUCACGCUGGAUUACAGUCUUCGUGUCCUCUGGACAACGCAAGGCCGUCGGUGCUGUCGUCUGCGGAGGCCAUGGAGGGGUCCGCAGUAUAUCUACCCUGGGAGGGGAAAAACUGUGUCGGGGAGGGAACCUGACGUGUGGUGGAGCAGGGAAAGCGUUGACAUUGAGAGGGCUGUCAGGCAUCAAAUCUCCACAUGCUGCCUCCAGGCUGUCCUUUCACACAAGUGCCGCUGCUCGUAGCAAGCAGGACUUCUACCAGAUCCUCGGCGUUCCUCGCACAGCCACCCAGAAAGAGGUCAAGAAGGCCUACUACCAGAUGGCCAAAAAGUAUCACCCUGACACCAACAAAGAAGACCCACAAGCCAAGGAAAAAUUUGCUCAGCUGGCCGAAGCUUACGAGGUGCUGAGUGAUGAAGGAAAGAGGAAGCAGUACGACGCUUACGGCUCAACGGGCUUUGACGGCGGUCAGGCGGGCGGAGGGCAGCGCUACUGGUCUGGACACACCAGCAACGUGGACCCCGAGGAGCUCUUCCGCAAGAUCUUUGGGGAGUUCUCUGGAGGCCGUGGCUUUGGAGACUUCAAUGCCAUAUUUGAGCAGCCACAGGAGUACAUCAUGGAGCUGACCUUCACUCAGGCAGCGAAGGGAGUCAACAAAGAGUUUUCCGUGAACACAGAGGCCGCCUGCCAGCGCUGCGACGGUAAAGGCAAUGAGCCGGGCACCAAAGUCCAGCACUGCAGCACCUGCAACGGCUCCGGCAUGGAGACGGUGAACACGGGCCCGUUUGUGAUGCGCUCCACGUGUCGUCGCUGCGGUGGCAAAGGCACCGUCAUCGCCACUCCCUGUGUCUCCUGUCGUGGGGCGGGACAGACCAAGCAGAAGAAGACUGUGAUGGUUCCCGUGCCCGCAGGCGUGGAGGAUGGUCAGACAGUCAGAAUGCCAGUUGGUAAGAAGGAGGUCUUCAUCACGUUUAGGGUCCAAAAGAGUCCCGUGUUCAGGAGGGACGGUGCGGACAUCCACUCCGACCUGUUUGUCUCGGUGGCACAAGCGAUCCUGGGCGGCACGGCCCGAGCACAGGGCCUUUAUGAAACCGUUAACUUAUCAAUAGCUGCAGGCAUCCAGACAGACCAGAGGAUUCGUCUGUCAGGGAAGGGAAUCGCCCGAAUCACUGGCUAUGGCUUCGGAGACCAUUAUGUCCAUGUCAAAAUAAAAGUACCCAAGAUGCUGACAGACAGACAGAGAGCUCUGCUAACGAGCUAUGCCGAGGACGAGACGGAAGUAGAAGGGACGGUCAACGGUGUCACUACCACCACCACAGGUGGGGGCAGCAGUGGUAAGCGGUCUGAGGCAGGGCAAAGCAGGCAUGAUGGGGGCUUCUUUUCCAAAUUAAAGAAAUUGUUUAGCUCUUCCUGACAGCCACAAACCAGGUAAAAGGUCCACGUGGAACUGAGAAACGUCCUCCGUAGAUCAGAGGGCAGCAGGGAGGACGGGGUAAGGCCAGCACAGCCACAUCAUAAAGGGACUAAAGGGACGGGUGGUUGAGGAGCAUCGUGUGUUGGACGAGGCCUACAAAGGUUGUGGAUGGACCUACCUACCUACCUACCUCCCCACCCAGCCCUACGGUGAAUGAGCCGGAGGACCACCCGCUCUGUUUAUUUUUGCCAAAGUGAAUCCACACACACGAGAGGAUCUUCCUGUGCACCAUUCACCUCUCCAGUGAGAUGUCCGUUGUGCUCAUUUGGGUCGCGCAGCAUUCGGGCGCUGUUGGUUUUCUGUUAAUUCCCUUAAAAAGAAACGUGAUGGCAUAAUUCAUGUGCACAGAAAUUAAUUAUUGUAUUGAAAAAGACUUAUGUGUUAUUAAAUGAACUUCCUCUUGUUCAUUCUUUUGUUCUGUAUGCUUUUGUUGUGUUUUCAUGAAUGCUUAAAAGUUGAAUUUCCCCCAAAAGGUCUCGGUGCCGUCGGUCCUCGCAGGUUGAACAUCACCGGACUCAAUGUUUACCAUUGAGUUCAGGUGUUGGACACUACAGAGCUGUCUGCUGUGGAAAGUUUAAUUUUGUCUCGGUUUCCUGAACUGUGAUGACUGAUGACCGAACUCUGUCCCUCUUCCAACCCUUUGCAUCACGAGAGAGGAUUCUGCACCUUCAUUACAUUUGUACAUUGUUGUGCAUCACACAGUUGCUUCAAUGUGUCUCAUAGAAGAGAUGUGCUGUACUGCUAUAAUAAAGCUAAUGGUCUGAGAAAAGCCUGUUGUAUAGAAACCACUAAAGAAACGGCACUCAGUGCUUUCUCUCCAUCUAGAUUUGAAUAUAUGAAAACACAUUUUGUUCAUCUUCAUUUAGAUACAAAUAUAAUGCAGUCAAAACACUUACCUGCCUCGACAAAGAAAAUAAACACCACAAAGAUGGGAUUAUUGUUUUUGCAGAGCUGUUGUAUUAGAUUAGAUUUAAAGUUGCUGUGUAUUAAAUAAACGAGCCUGCAUUUUACUUUUGAAUAAAUCUAUUAGCAAUUUCUUUCAAA